AGCGGGGAGAGUUUCAGGACUCAGGAUCCAGACCAGUCAGCUGGAUCUGGACCUCUCAGGACGGUCCUGCACGGAGGUCCCGACCACAGCGUUUACACUCUACUUCAGCCCGCUGUCAUGGACUGAUCCGGAUCGGAGAGAGUCUCCUUAAAGACCAGGGUCCCUGCUGCCCUGAGGUCCCUGCUGCCCUGAGGUCCCUGCUGCCCUGAGGUCCCUGCUGCCCUGAGGUCCCUGCUACCCUGAGGUCCCUCCACCGUGUCCCUGACUGAACCCUCCUCUGCUUCAGCCAUCCUCGGGGGAGGCCUGGUGGCGUCAUGGCGUCACGGCUGCUGGACCGUCUGAAGCGCUCGCUGUUUAAAGACGGUCAGGCGGCGGAACCCGAGCAGGAAGCAGAGAGUCCACAGGAAGAGGAGGAGUUUAAAGAGAACCGCUGGGAGGCGGAGCUAGAGGAGGAGGAGGAGUGUGUGACCGACCGGCUCGGAGGGACGCUGUGCUUCGACAGCGGAGGUGGAGGAGUCGGAGGGGAGGAUGGAGGCGAGGGCGAAGGGUCCGGGUAUGACAGCGACUCUGACUUCCUGGGGGAGUCGAUGGAGGAGGGGCUUAGCAGCACAGAUGCCAGUCCAGUGGGCGUGUCCCCCGUUAGCCCCUCCCCCUCCUCCCUGCUGGCUCGGCAGCUUCAGGAGAGCUGGAGGAGCCUGCGAGGACUCGGAGGAGGAGGCACCUCACCCACCGGGAGGCGGCUCACCGACAGCUUGAUGUUCGAGGUCACGGACGCCAGCGUGGUGCAGGAGGGCUCGUCUAAGUACGUGCUCUACACCAUCCAUGUGAUCCAGUCCGGCGGCAGCGACAAGACUCCCGCCAUCAUCACCCGUAGAUACUCGGACUUCCAGCGGCUCCACGCCACGCUGCGCCGUAACCACGGAGACCAGAUGGAGCGCGUCUGUUUCCCACGGAAAAAGCUGAGGAGUAACUUCACCGCCGAGACCAUCGCCAAGCGGAGCCGAGCGUUCGAGCAGUAUCUGUCUCACCUCUGCUCCCUCCCUGCCCUGCGGGGGGCGCUGUGCGUCCGACAGUUCUUCUACCUGAGCGACCUGCAGACGGCUCAGCUGCUCAUCAGAGAACCGGUGGUUUUAACAAACAAACUAGCCGAGAGAAAACCUUCUCCAAAGUGUAUUUAACCUCGAGUGUAGUUAGAACUCAGACUCCUGUUCUUUAACUUCAGAUAUAAAAACAUGAAAUGAGUUUCAAUUCCUUCUUGCACAACGCCCAAACAUCCUCUUUCUCCUCUCUGCAAACCGACACUGCUCCAACUCUUUCCUGUUCCACAAACUUCCUUUAACAGGCAGAAACCUCCAGCAGGACCAGACUCAUGUUAGACACACAUCUGAAUCUGAGACCGUGUUGGAGAGAGGG